AUGGCUGUGUUGGCCACUGAGAUGAUGGAGAAAACAGAUGAGUGUUCACUAAUGUAUUUAAAUGAAGCCACACUCCUCCAUAAUAUCAAAGUUCGAUAUAGUAAAGACAGAAUUUAUACAUAUGUCGCCAACAUUCUGAUUGCAGUGAACCCAUAUUUUGACAUACCUAAAAUAUAUUCUUCACAAACAAUAAAGUCGUAUCAAGGAAAAUCACUUGGGACAAUGCCACCUCAUGUCUUUGCAAUUGCUGAUAAGGCUUUUCGAGACAUGAAGGUGCUCAAGAUGAGUCAGUCUAUCAUUGUAUCUGGAGAAUCAGGAGCUGGCAAGACAGAAAAUACAAAAUUUGUUCUAAGAUACCUGACUGAAUCCUAUGGAACAGGUCAAGAUAUUGAUGAUAGAAUUGUUGAAGGUAUUUAUCUUAAGGCAGGUUCCUUGAAAGAUCCUCUGUUAGAUGACCAUGGAGAUUUUAUUAGAAUGUGCACAGCCAUGAAAAAAAUCGGUUUGGAUGAUGAAGAAAAGCUUGAUCUCUUCCGGGUGGUAGCUGGUGUCCUGCACCUUGGAAAUAUUGAUUUUGAGGAAGCCGGCAGCACUUCAGGUGGUUGUAAUCUGAAGAAUAAAUCUGCUCAGUCUUUGGAAUACUGUGCUGAGUUACUGGGUUUGGACCAAGAUGAUCUUCGAGUUAGUUUAACCACACGGGUCAUGCUAACAACAGCAGGGGGCACCAAAGGAACAGUUAUAAAGGUACCUCUGAAAGUGGAGCAAGCAAACAAUGCUCGUGAUGCCUUGGCAAAGACAGUCUACAGCCAUCUUUUUGAUCAUGUAGUAAACAGAGUAAAUCAGUGUUUUCCUUUUGAAACAUCAUCCUAUUUUAUUGGAGUCCUAGAUAUUGCUGGUUUUGAGUACUUUGAACAUAACAGUUUUGAACAAUUUUGCAUCAACUAUUGCAAUGAAAAACUUCAACAAUUUUUUAACGAAAGGAUUCUGAAGGAGGAACAAGAACUCUAUCAAAAAGAAGGUUUAGGUGUUAAUGAAGUGCAUUAUGUGGAUAAUCAGGACUGUAUAGAUUUAAUUGAAGCAAAAUUAGUGGGAAUACUGGAUAUUUUGGAUGAAGAAAAUCGCCUUCCCCAGCCAAGUGAUCAACAUUUUACAUCUGCAGUUCACCAAAAGCACAAGGAUCAUUUCCGACUCACGAUUCCCAGAAAGUCUAAGCUGACAGUUCAUAGAAACAUCAGAGAUGACGAAGGCUUCAUUAUCAGGCAUUUUGCAGGGGCAGUGUGCUAUGAAACAACCCAGUUUGUGGAGAAAAACAAUGAUGCUUUACAUAUGUCUCUUGAAUCCUUAAUAUGUGAAUCCCGGGAUAAGUUUAUACGGGAAUUAUUUGAAUCAUCCACAAAUAACAACAAAGAUACUAAACAAAAAGCAGGGAAACUUAGCUUCAUCAGCGUGGGAAACAAGUUUAAGACACAGUUAAAUUUGCUUCUGGAUAAACUUCGAAGUACUGGAGCAAGCUUUAUUCGUUGCAUCAAACCUAACUUAAAGAUGACAAGCCACCACUUUGAAGGUGUUCAAAUUCUGUCUCAACUUCAAUGUUCAGGCAUGGUGUCUGUUUUGGACUUGAUGCAAGGUGGUUUUCCAUCCCGAGCUUCAUUUCAUGAACUCUAUAACAUGUAUAAAAAGUAUAUGCCAGAUAAACUUGCAAGACUGGAUCCAAGACUAUUUUGUAAGGCUCUUUUUAAAGCUUUGGGCUUAAAUGAAAUUGACUACAAAUUUGGGUUAACAAAAGUGUUUUUUAGACCUGGCAAGUUUGCAGAAUUUGAUCAGAUUAUGAAGUCUGACCCUGACCACUUAGCAGAGUUGGUGAAAAGAGUUAAUCACUGGCUAGUCUGCAGUCGCUGGAAGAAAGUUCAAUGGUGCUCACUCUCAGUCAUCAAAUGUAGGUGUACUCCUUCACACCAAGAUCUUCUGUUAUUUUGGAAGAAACUUGAGAUGGAAGCAAAGAGAAAACAAGAAGAAGAAGAGAGAAAGAAAAGGGAAGAUGACGAAAAACGCAUUCAGGCUGAAGUGGAGGCCCAGCUGGCCAGACAGCGGGAGGAGGAAUCCCAGCAGCAGGCAGUGCUGGAACAGGAGCGCAGGGACCGGGAGCUGGCCCUGAGGAUUGCCCAGAGCGAAGCCGAACUCAUCAGCGAUGAGGCCCAGGCUGACCUGGCGCUCCGGAGAGGUCCUGCUGUACAAGCCACCAAGGCAGCUGCUGGUACCAAGAAACAUGAUCUUAGUAAGUGGAAAUACGCAGAACUACGUGAUACCAUCAAUACUUCUUGUGAUAUUGAGCUCCUGGCAGCUUGCAGAGAAGAAUUUCACAGAAGACUAAAAGUGUAUCAUGCUUGGAAAUCCAAGAACAAGAAGAGAAAUACUGAAACAGAGCAACGUGCUCCAAAGUCUGUUACUGAUUAUGAUUUUGCACCAUAUUUGAACAAUUCACCUCAGCAGAACCCAGCAGCUCAGCUUCCUGCCAGGCAGCAGGAGAUCGAAAUGAACCGACAGCAGCGCUUCUUUCGCAUCCCGUUCAUCCGCCCUGCCGACCAGUACAAAGACCCUCAGAGUAAGAAAAAAGGCUGGUGGUAUGCCCAUUUUGAUGGACCGUGGAUUGCCCGGCAAAUGGAACUCCAUCCUGACAAGCCACCCAUCCUUCUUGUGGCUGGUAAGGAUGACAUGGAGAUGUGUGAGCUAAAUCUCGAGGAGACUGGCCUGACUCGGAAGCGUGGCGCCGAGAUCUUGCCAAGACAGUUUGAAGAAAUCUGGGAACGCUGUGGAGGCAUCCAGUAUCUUCAGAAUGCGAUCGAGAGCAGGCAGGCGCGGCCCACCUAUGCAACCGCCAUGCUGCAGAAUCUGCUAAAGUAGACGUCGCACACCAGCCUUAGAGCUGGAAGCCCCUGCCACGGCACUAGGUAGGGUGUGUGCCCAAAGAUUUUAACCAUUCCAUGAUCAUGUUAGAGUUACUUCUACAAAGUGACCAGAUUUUGUUAA